UGAGAAGUUCGUGACCUCCUCUCUUCGUUGAUCACCUUGUUCCGUUCUCGACUCUCUUCUUGUGUGCACAAUUCGACUUCGUCGGCCGACUGUCCUUACUGACAAUACUUUCAUUCACUUGCGCAACGACAUUGGAAAGCUUGUUCUCCACACGGUUCGAUCUGAGAUCUCGACAUCAUGACACGAUUCAAUGUGUUGGCUGCAGUGUGCUCGCUGUUGGCUACGGCUGCCACUGCUCUCGACCCGAUCAGCGUACAGCAGCAGCAAUUCAUCCAGAAAUCGGGAGAGCGAUUCAUGAUGAUCGGAGUGGACUACCAGCCAGGCGGUGAAGGAGGCUACGGUACCGGCGCUGGCGACCCUCUCAGCAACUCGACCAUCUGCCUCCGCGAUGCAGCUCUCAUGCAGCGACUCGGCAUCAACACCAUUCGCAUGUACAACCUCGAUCCAACCCUCAACCACGACGAGUGCGCCUCCAUCUUCAACGCGAUCGGGAUCUACAUGGUCGUCGACGUCAACGCACCACUCGCGGGAGAGUCUCUCGACCGCUCCCAGCCCGAGGCCUCGUACACCACCAGCUAUCUCACCCGCAUCUUCAGCAUCGUGGAAGCAUUCAAAGACUACCCGAACAUUCUCGGAUUCUUCGCUGGCAAUGAGAUCAUCAACGACAUUCCCACCGCUGGUCCAACUCCUCCGUACAUCCGUGCCGUGCAACGCGAUCUCAAGAAUUACAUCGCCGCGCAUGCGUCGCGCAAGAUCCCUGUUGGCUACUCCGCUGCGCAGGUGCAAGAAGUGUUGCACGAUACCUGGGCUUACCUGGAGUGCGACAAUGACGGCGACAAUUCCCGCUCCGACUUCUUUGGUCUCAAUUCGUACUCUUGGUGCGGCGACGCUUCGAGCUUCACCAUUUCGAAGUACAAUGUUUUGGCCGACUGGUUCAACAAUUCGACUAUCCCGGUCUUCUUCAGCGAGUUUGGAUGCAAUACCCCGAGUCCGCGUCUUUUCCAGGAGAUUCCGACGUUGUACGGACCGCAGAUGGUAACUCUCUCCGGUGGACUUGUGUAUGAGUGGACCCAAUCACAAGCCGACUAUGGUCUCGUCCAAACCGAAGAAGACGGCUCCCUCAAGCUCCUCGCCGACUUCGACCGCCUGCAAGAACAAUACAACAAGCUCAACAUCACCCAGAUCACAACGCAAAACGACACAGCCACCAACCUCAAGCCGCGAAAGUGCUCGAAGAUCUUGAUCUCCAACGACGGUUUCAGCUCAAAUUUCGAUAUCCCGGAACCUCCCUCCGGUGCGGACGCUCUCAUCAAGAAUGGCAUCAAGAACCCACCCAAGGGCAAGAUCGUGGAAGUCAGGGACACGGCUGUCACUGUCAAGGUGUACAAGUCGGAUGGAAGCGAGGUCGAGAACUUGGAGAUCACCAUUCAGGAGGGAGCUAACAGCCCGGGCAAGAAUGGCGAUGGAUUGGAGACGGCGAGUGCGACCUCCACGAGUACCGAUGGACCGAAGCCGUCGGCGACGAAGAAAGGCGGUGCUGGAGUUGUGAGAGCAGUGGGAGGCGGAUUCGGAGCUGCCGCAGCUGCUUUAGUAUUGGCGCUUCUGAUGUAGCGAAACUUAGGCCGCAGGCGAUGGUGAUGGUCUCACGGAGGAGGGUCUCGCUCCAGAGACGGAAUCCAGCUCGAUGUUGAUGACCAGUCAGAGUAUAUGGAGGCAGAAGUCCUUAUUAAGCCAUCGGCAUAUACGAGG